AUGGUUGGUGAUGGAUUCGUUGCAGUUGCUGUGAUAGCUACAUUGCAUGACGCGUGGAUCAAACCUGGUAGGGGUGAGCAUUGGAGUUACGUAGAAUCCAUGUGCCAUAAGCCAUUCAACACUGCAUUACCAUUUCACCAGUUCUUCCAAGGAUCUGCACUUGUAGGCUGCACACCUCAGGCACAGUUUAAGACUCCGUCGACUACAAUAAUGGCGUGCUUUUUUGCCAUUACAACCCCUGCAGGAGGCGGCAUUGGGAUAGCCAUUGCUUCACUUCACAAUCCGAACAGCCCCGGAGCCUUGGUUGCUGAAGGCAUCUUAGAUUAUAUGUCAGCUGGAAUUCUAGCUUACAUGGCUUUCGUCGACCUUAUUGCUGCUGAUUUUUUUGCAGAAAGGAGAUGA